GGCUGCCGUGAGGGGCUGCCGUGAGGGGCGCUGCCCGCAGCAGGGCCGGGGGCCGUGAGGGUCCCCGCCGCAGGAAAGCCGCCGCGGUAAGGCCAAGCUCCGCCGGGAGCGGGGUCCUCCGGGUCGGGAGAAGUUGGGCUAAACCCCCUCCCGGGGCUGCGCAUCCCCCGUGCCCCGCUGCAGACCGCUGGGACCGGCCGGUGUCCGCGGGGGAAGGAGCUCGGCGGGCCGGAGCUGCCCCCUCGCACCGGAACAAACCGUUCACCAUGUCAAUCAAAAAGGAAGGUGCCCACAAGAAGUGGGCUGCCCUGAAGGAGAAGCUGGGGCCCCAGGAGACCGACCAGUCAGAGGCCAACCUGGAAAAUGCAGAGCCAGAGCUGUGCAUCCGCCUGCUGCAAAUGCCCUCCGUGGUGAACUACUCCGGGCUGAGGAAGAGGCUGGAGAACAGUGAUGAUGCCUGGAUGGUGCAGUUCCUGGAGCUGUCUGGGCUGGAUCUGCUCCUGGAGGCCCUGGACAGGCUGUCAGGGCGAGGAGUGGCCAGGAUAUCAGAUGCCUUGCUUCAGCUCACCUGCAUCAGCUGUGUGAGAGCAGUGAUGAACUCCCACAAGGGCAUUGAAUACAUUGUGAGCAACGAGGGCUAUGUCAGAAAACUCUUCCAAGCACUUGACACAACUAAUGUCAUGGUCAAAAAGCAAAUAUUUGAGCUCCUGGCUGCACUGUGCAUUUACUCAUCAGAUGGCCACUCUUUGGCUCUGGAUGCUUUGGACCAUUACAAGAGUGUGAAGAACCAGCAGUACCGGUUCAGCAUCAUCAUGAACGAGCUGUCCAACACAGACAACGUGCCCUACAUGGUGACACUGCUGAGUGCCAUCAAUGCCAUCAUCCUGGGCAAAGAGGAGCUAAGAACAAGGACACAGAUCAGAAACGAGUUCAUAGGGCUUCAGCUGUUGGAUGUUUUAGACAAGCUAAGGUAA